CUACUUAAAGGUCGGCUCGAUAUGUAAACUUGGGACCCUCACCACUCUCUCAAGUCUCAACCCUUUGCGUCCUCUGUCCCAGUCCCACAAGCGAGGAUCAUCUGCAAGCCUCAUAAAACAUACCUCAUCUUCCUCAAGCAAGUAUCCAAUUGCAAGCUUUCAUCUUCUUCAAUAAGCACUGAGCCUGUAAAACCUCAAGACUGACCGUGAAAUCCCGAGCAUAAGGGAAAGAAGCCAUGACUUCCAUUUUAUUAAGGCCUUUGAAGAAAGCAAAUACGCUUGCCGUAAGUGGUUGCAGAGCUUUUGCAGCAGCAGGAGGAGGUGGCAAAUCAAAGAAGGGAUCAAAGGGUGGAGGUGCUGAUGCUCCCAAAGCUUCGAUUUUGAGCAAAGAAGUGAAGUCCACAACUGUUUAUGGAGCAAACAUAUGGAAAGAAGGUUCAGAUCCUAAGAUACUGGCUGAUUCUGAAUACCCAGAUUGGCUUUUCCAUCUCCUCGAUAAGCAGCCAACGCUCAGUGAGCUCAGCAGAAAAGAUUCGCAGACUCUUCCAUAUGAAGAGCUCAAGCGAUUCGUCAAGCUUGAUAAUCGCAAGCGCAUAAAGGAGAAUAAUUCUGUGAAAGCUAAGCACUGAGAAAAAUGCUGCUUACAAAGGAAUGGGGUUGAUGAAGCCAUGAAGUUAUUGGAUGACAUUAUGAUGAAGGGAAGCCUGAUUUGGUUAUUGAUAAUGUGUGGUUAACUGGUUUGUAUAAAGAAGGGAGAAUAGAAGGGAUUGAGGUUUUCAUGAACUUGCCACCACAGGGAUUCAGCCCAUAUGUGGUCACAUUUUGUUAAGGAAUUUCUGUUUUGAGGGAAACGGGGAGAGGCUGAGGAGCUUUUGGGUGAAAUGGGUAUUCCACUUGGUUGUGAAAAAAGCUUGACACUUACUUCGGUAAUUCUAGUUUUUUUGUUGGGAAUAUUGUGAUAUUGAUUAAAUGGGAUGUUCCAUUUGAAUCUUAUCGCUUGCAGGCUUGAAUUUGUGAAGCUUUCUCCAUUUAUGCUCGAGUGUAGUUUAACUUGUUACUCCAUUGCACUGUAGAAAUUAUUGCUAAGUAACAUGUGGUUAGUUAUUUUGGUUGUCGAACAUUACAAAAAUAUGGGCGACGAAUCCAAAUAUUUGACUCGAGUUUGGUUAUAUUUUCUCACUAGAAAAUGAAUUAUUUUUUUUCAAAAUUUGAUUGGAUUGAUUUCUUGGUAAACUCGAGGUCAAAGUUUGGCAGUCAAUACCCUAAAUCAUGAAGG